CUCAAUCCCAGGGUUUUCCAGACCGCGAGCACCACAGCUCUUGAAACAGACAAAAUGGCGGCACACUGGGUUGCUGAGCUCUUUCCUCCAAAAUUUAGCUACGAAACCGUCGCAGAUAUACAAGAGAAACAUGUGGAUUUUGAACCGCCUAAACUUAGUAAUAUAGAUGUUUCAGAGUACUACGCAAGAGUUUUCAGGGAACUUGAAAUAUGCGAAGAAAGUGUUGAUGGUAAAAUUGGACUCGGCAUUGAGAGUGGAAAUCUGAGCCGUGGAUUAAUAGAAGAAAAGUGUUCAGAAAAUGAAACACAGAUAGAACAGAGGCACGAAUCUCACGUUGAAGAAAAGUCAGAGGAAUGUAUUUGGAGCGAUAAAGAGUUAAGAACGCUAAGAAAAUUUGUACAGAAAGUAAAACUACAAAACCUUUACUUAGUUGCUAUGGUAGAAAGUCUUCAAGAACAACUGAGAAAAACGAAAGACAAUAAGAGAGCUGCUACAGAUUCUUUAGAGGUCUUACAGUCUAAGUGGUGUGAGCUUAAAAAGCGAUAUAAAAGAGUUAAGAUCAGUUGUAAGGCAAUGAAAGGAGACUUGAAAGAAUACCAUACUAAGUUAAAAAUUGCCUAUGGGGAUAUAAAAGAGCUAAAACAACAAAUGUCAGAAUGGACGGAAGAGCGAAAGCAAAUAAAAUCUGAGCUUAAUCGAGAGAAAUUGACCUGUGAAGAUCUCAAGGGACAGUUGGCAAGAGCUAGGGAGGAACAUGAAUCAGCACUACAGCAUCAUGAAUUUAUGUUGACAGAACAAUAUCAAUUGGAGAAGAACUCUUGGAUAAGAGAGAUUGGUCUGUUAAAGGAGCAGUUAUGGAAAGAGAAAGAUGAACAUAGCUUAAGCAAGAGGGCACUGGAGCACCUAAGGACACAUUUUGCCAAUCAGCAUGCAAGUAAUACUGAUGCUUUUGACAGUAAAUGUCCCAAUGUUAUCAGUAUAGUCGAUAUUGAUUACUUAUAACACAAGGAUGUAAAAAGUUUCACUUUGUGAGCAGGCCUUUUUUACAAAUCUCAUAUUAAUCAUCCACUGAAAUAUGGUAAAGUAAGAUAAAAAGCACUUGAAGUGCACUUUUUUAAAUGACCAGCUCUGUUAACGACCACAGUUUCAAACCACCAGCAAAGUUUUUCUUUUG